AUGGCAUCGAGUGAAGUGACAAAGCUUCAACAGCAUUUGGCGCUUCUGAAAGAGGAAUAUGGGAAGUUGCAGAGCCAUUGUUCAGAAGUGGAGCGAAAAUAUACGCUCGCUGCAGCUUCAGCUGGUGACUUAAGCGAAACCAGUUUUGUUGCUAGACUUCUUAUGACUGUAUCUACUUUAUAUGGCAGAGAAACUUAUUCAGACAUCGUAGUCAAACUACAUAAUAAGACAGUUCCUGGGCAUAAAUUUGUUCUGAAUGCUCGUUCUGAUGAUUGGAAUGAAGAUGCUCUUAAAGAUCUAACAGAGCUAGAUUGGUCAAACCUACCAGAUGAUGUUGGUUCAGCUUUACUGAAAUGGUUGUAUACAGAUGUGGUAGAUUUGUCUCGUGGUGACUCAUUUGCUCUUCAACUAAUGAAAUCAGCAGCUAAUUUCAAGCUUCAUGGAUUAGUUGGAAAAUGUGAACAAGCAUUAAUUGCCUCUGUUGGAGUUAGAACUUGUGUGAAAUUUUAUUCAGCUGCUGAUGAAAUAGGAGCCUCAGCAUUGAAAGAGCAUUGUUCUGGAUUAAUAUCAGCACAUUGGGAUGAUCUCACAGGUGAAGAUUUCGCCCACAUGUCGUCUGCGCUUUUAUAUCGCAUGCUGAAAAGUAAAACUCCACAACCCCUACAUGGUGCCGUCAGGCUGUUACGGGAGGAUGUCGUCUUUCUGUGCCUUGUUGAAAACCAUGCUAAUGUAAGUAAUUUUACUAUGUAUGUACCU